GGUUGGCAGCAUGUCGGCCAAAGCUGCGGCUCGGAAGCGGGGGAAGGCGAGUGCGGCGCUCGGGGCAAUGGCUGGGGCCAGCAAACGGCGACGGAAGGCUGACCCUGUCGGGGACAGAGGCAAAUCCAAGGGUGGUGGCAAGAUGAAUGAAGAGAUCUCCAGCGAUUCCGAGAGCGAGAGUUUAGCUCCCAAGAGAACAGAGGAGGAAGAGGAGGAGGAGCUGGAGGAGACCGCACAGGAGAAGAAGCUGCGCUUGGCCAAGCUCUACCUUGAACAGCUCAGGCAGCAGGAGGAGGAGAAGGUCGAGGCCCGUGAAUUUGAGGAGGACCAGGUGGCGGGUCGCCUGAAGGAGGAUGUGCUGGAGCAGAGGGGCAGGUUGCAGAAGUCGGUGGCUAAAGAGAUCCAGACCCCAAGCCCGGCUGAUUAUUCGAGUCUUGCCGGGGACAUAAGCUCUCCAUCACGUGGCUUGGUCAUUACCCGAGAGACUUGGCCAUCUUUUUCUGCCUCCAAAGAUUGCACCAUUAUUAAGUGGAGCGUGGAGAGUGCCCGCAAGCUUCACGUGAUCCCACGAGUCCAGAAGGGAACGGAAGGGCGACCCGCUGGCCACAGCAGCCCCGUGCUCUGCAUGGCCAUUUCCUCGGAUGGCAAAUACCUGGCAUCCGGCGACUACAGCAAACUCAUCCUCAUCUGGGAGGCACAGAGUUGCCAACACCUGUACACCUUCACCGGACACCGGGAUGCUGUGUCGGGCUGGCAUUUUCGCAGAGGCACCCACCAGCUCUACAGCACAUCUCAUGACCGCUCAGUGAAGGUGUGGAUGGCAGAGAACUCCUACGUGGAGACACUCUUUGGGCACCAGGACGCAGUGGCAGCGUUUGGAUGCCCUGAGCAGGAGUGCUGUGUGACUGCGGGGGGCCGUGAUGGAAAACCGGCGCGGUGUGGAAGAUACCCGAGGGAGUCCCAGCUGGUCUUCUAUGGCCACCAGGGCUCCAUUGACUGCAUCCAGCUUAUCAAUGAGGAGCACAUGGUUUCGGGCGCAGAUGAUGGAUCUGUGGCCGUGUGGGGUCUCUCCAAGAAGCGGCCACUGGCCCUGCAGCGUGAGGCCCACGGACUGCGGGGGGAGCCAGGCCUGGAGCAGCCCUUCUGGGUGUCCUCAGUGGCAGCACUGCUCAACACAGACCUCGUGGCCACAGGGUCCCACAGCUCUUGCGUUCGGCUCUGGCAGUGUGGGGAGGGCUUCCGGCAACUGGAUCCCCUCUGUGACAUCCCUCUGGUCGGCUUUAUCAAUAGCCUCAAGUUCUCAAGCUCUGGGGACUUCCUGGUGGCUGGGGUGGGACAGGAACACAGGCUUGGCCGGUGGUGGCGGAUCAAAGAGGCCCGAAACUCUGUCUGCAUCAUCCCUCUCCGCAGGGUGCCCAUAUCUCCUGCUGCUGGAUCCUGACAAAAUUUUUAUUUAUGUUCUUCCCAAGCCCCGCCCUCUUUGUAUUAAAAUUUUUUUUUUU